GCGGCGGCGGCGGCGGCGCGGGGCGCGCAGGUGCUCGUGGGCGCGCCCGGCGGCGAGAGCAGCGGUAUUGCUGAAAUCCUAAUGAACCGACCCCACGCAAGAAAUUCAUUGGGAAAAGUAUUUGUAAAUGAACUUUUCAGUGCUCUGGAACAUCUCCGCUUUGAUGAGAAGGUUCGUGUGGUGGUGUUCAAAAGUGAAGUUAAAGGUGUAUUUUGUGCUGGUGCAGACUUAAAGGAACGUGAAAAGAUGGAUGAUGCAGAAGUUGGGCUCUUUGUUAAAAGGCUGAGAAAUCUCAUGGAUGAAAUAGCUGCGCUGCCUGUACCCACAAUUGCUGCAAUAGAUGGCUAUGCACUGGGUGGUGGACUGGAACUGGCGUUGGCUUGUGACCUUCGAGUAGCAGCUUCAUCAGCUAAAAUGGGCCUUAUUGAGACCACGAGAGGGCUUCUUCCUGGAGCAGGUGGAACCCAGCGCUUGCCCAGAUGUGUUGGAGUAGGUCUUGCAAAGGAACUCAUUUUCACGGGUAGACAGAUUGAUGGACAACAGGCCUUCUCAAUGGGAUUAGUAAAUCAUACAGUGCCACAGAAUGAUCAGGGUGAUGCAGCUUACCAGAGAGCAUUAACUUUGGCUAAAGAAAUCCUUCCUCAGGCUCCAUUUGCUGUGAAAAUGGGAAAACUGGCAAUAAACAGAGGAAUAGAGGUUGACAUUGCAUCAGGGAUGGCUAUUGAGGGGAUGUGUUAUGCCCAGAAUAUUCCCACAAGAGACCGUCGGGAAGGGAUGGCUGCCUUCAGGGAGAAAAGACCACCUCGGUUUAUUGGCAAAUAAUGCUUCCUGGCUUCCUCUUGAUUUUUCUGAAGGUAACUUUGGAGUGAAGAGAAGCCAUUAAUUUCUCGGGGUUAUUUUUAUGACUGCGUAUAUUUGCAUUUCUGAAUACUCCACUGGAUCUUUUGUUGUUGGAAGAAUUCCCAAAUAAAGUUUUAACUUUGUAAGGCUGUUCUUUAAAAA